CGAGAGAGAGCGAUGUGAUGCGGGGGAUCAACGUCGUCGGCCGAGGCCGGGGCCGCAAGCCGCUAGCCAACAGCCGGUUAGGUUAGGUUAGGUGUUCUUGUCGGUGUGUGCCGUUGAGAAAAAAAAUUCGAGUUUCGCUUAUCGCUCUCUUUCACACCUGUUAAUGCGAGCGGAGGCCCUCGCAUUGUCAAUUCUCGCUUAUCAGAGACGAACAGACCGCGAGUGGCGCGCGAGUAUCAGCCUCCCUUUUCCACCUGGUGAUAAAAUUAUUACGGAGGCUCUCCAAGCGACGCGACGCGCGACGCGACGGAACGAAGGGAGAAAGUGAUGUAAUUUCUAAUCGUAACAAUUCCCCACGACGCUAAUUUCAUCGGUCUGUCCGUCACCGUGCUGUGAUAGCCCGGAAUGUUGCGUAGCUUUGCAGGAACAAUGUUGUAAAAGAGAGAGGGAUGAUGAGCUGUUCCGUGGAAUUACGCCAACGUAGGCAACAGGGGAUGGCGGAGGAUCCUCACAAGCUCGCGGCGAUGAUGAAUAAAUCUCAAAGACUCGUACUGGGACUUUUAGUUUUAUUACUGGUUGAUAUAAUAUGGGUCUCCAGUUCCGAGCUCAGCAAAUACAUCUACAGGAACGAAACGUUUGAGAAGCCAUUUUUUAGUACGUACGUAAGGACGUCUAUGUUCACCCUUUAUUUGCUUGGCCUCUGCUUCUGGCCACCCUGGCGGGAACAAUGCAAUAAACCUGCAACGUAUAUGUUCAUAGAUCCCAAUGUUGAAGAUGACAACUUUUACUCGGAGGCCAAUACAAGUUUAAGCGAUCCAACGUUUGUUCCAAUCAAAACUCCGGACCAUUGCGACCGUUCGUCAGGCACGGAAAGCGACGACUCGUCCAUUCGCUCCGUAAGAUUCAGUAAAUUGGCGGAGGUGCGCCACAUGUCGGAGAGCGAUGCCACCGAGGCUCUGUUGGCACGGCUCAGCUACCAAGCGAGUGUUAGAGCUGGAGAACACGCGAGGCGGCAAGCGAACAAAUUUUCUGUACAAAAAGUAGCCAAGAUAGCCCUCAUGUUCUGCUUAUUUUGGUUCAUGGCAAAUUAUACGUAUCAGAUAUCAUUGGAGCAAACUCAAGCCAGAAUCGUUAACGUAUUGUCUUCAACGUCCAGCUUGUUCACUUUGUUUCUCGCCGCUUCCUUCCCCAGUAACGGAGGAGAUAAGUUUACGCUAUCGAAAUUAGCCGCUGUGGUCGUUAGCAUCUUCGGACUGGUAUUGGUCGGCAUUUCGGAUUUAAAUCUAAUAGAAAGUGAUAAUAUGUCAACGGGCAUAAUAUUGGCUCUAGUCAGUGCUUUUUUCUAUGCUGCGUACAUAGUAUUUUUAAAGAGGAAAGUAGAUCACGAAGACAAGAUGGAUAUACCAAUGUUUUUUGGCUUCGUGGGAAUAUUCAAUUUAACACUUUUGUGGCCUCUAUUCUUUAUUCUUCAUUAUGGCCAUUGGGAAGAGUUUGAGUGGCCCAACAGCCAUCAGUGGACAUUCCUAAUUAUAAACGGUCUAAUUGGUACUGUUCUGAGCAAAGUUCUCUGGCUAUGGGGCUGCUUUCUCACGUCGUCUCUCGUAGCAACGAUGGCCGUAAGCUUAACAAUGCCCAUGUCGAUGAUAGCCGAUGUUCUCUUGAAAAAAGUUGAAUACCCUUGCAUUUUCUAUCUGGGAAGUAUUCCAAUGCUCCUGGCAUUCCUCACGGUAUCUCUUUUAUCUUACUACGACAAUUGGGAUCCUGUUAUGGAUCUAAUAAAAAGAUUUUUCAUCUGGAUCUGCAGGAGAAACAACAGAUCUGCGAGGCUGCCAGAUCUCGAGGCAGAGCAAACCGAGUCUUUGAUAGGAAUAGACAGUGGCGAUCAUGAAGCUUAAUACGAGACAAUAAUGAGAGAGAAUUGGACAACAUCUCGUGCAUACCCAUCUUCAUUUAGAUUCCCUCUCAAUCUCACUGUCUCAAUCUUGUUUUACAUCUUGUGGCGUAAAGUAACGAUUAAGUAACGAUCUUACUUUCCCCAUAUAUCGCUUUAUUCCGCACGGAACAUCACAAAAUGAUAUUACUGCCUGACAAUAACGCGAUUGCGAGUCAAUUUAUGACAAACGCAAUUAACAUGCUUUAUUUGUUCGUGGUCAUUGUGCAUUUCAAACUACCUCUUUACAUUCAUUCCUACUGUUUUCAUCAAUUACGCUACAUCCUACCAAGAAAUUCAGUGUCUUUACCGAAAUCUGUACAUACUAUGUAAUAAGAGUUGAUGAAAA